UUUAUCAGGGCUUGUUUGGGUUUCAACCUCUCAGUUGCCCGGUGCUUCCUUCCACCUGCCUCUAGACACUCAGCCCACUAUCUCUUUUGUAUUUUAAAUUUUUUCUAACUAUUUCGUACAUGACUUGAUUUGAAUACUGUUGUCUUCACUUCACAAUCAUGGCAUGUUACAGAAGAGCAAAACUUGUUUUCGAUUCCUUUCGCGAUCUCUCUUCGAAACUUUCAUUUCUAUCGAAACCUACAAUUCGGGAUUCGUCUUCGAGAAUUUAUCAAAGUAACUCUGUAACUACCGCUAAGUUUUCUGGGUUCAAUUCAUUCUCUUCUGUUUUCCAGAGAGUAGUUUCUUCAGCUCGUAUAAACAAGUAUCGUUAUAAUUCUUUUUAUAACAACACUAUGAGAAAUUAUUAUGUGGAUCGUUAUCAUGUACAACAUUUUAGACAGCGAGGUCCAAGAAAGUGGCUUGAAAGUCCAAAGAAUGUGUUAACUUUUGUGUUGGUUGGUUCUGGGAUUGUGAUCACUGUGUAUUUAGGAAAUUUAGAGACGGUUCCGUAUACUAAAAGAACCCAUUUUGUGCUUUUAUCAAAAGUUGUUGAAAAAAAGAUUGGAGAGACCCAAUUUGAGCAAAUGAAGGCGGCUUAUAAGGGCAAGAUUUUGCCUGCUAUACACCCAGAUAGCGUGAGGGUUAGAUUGAUAUCAAAUGAUAUAAUUCGGGCUUUAAGAAAAGGGUUAAAGCAUGAGACUGUGUGGAGUGAUAUGGGGUAUGCCUCUCCUGAGAGUGAUGAAGCAGAUGGGGGAAGAGCUCAUGAAACAUUGCGGGCCUUGAGUGAGGCUCUUAAAGGGAGGAAUCUUGAGGGAGAUUGGCAUAAAGAAGAUGAAUUUCUUCAUGAUAAGUCGGUUCAGCACACUAGGAAGAAGGGUCAAGAGAUAGGGUUACAAGCUGCCACUUCUCAUCUGGAUGGAUUGAAUUGGGAGGUUUUGGUGGUCAAUGAACCUGUCGUUAAUGCCUUUUGCUUGCCUGGGGGAAAGAUAGUGGUGUUUACUGGACUGCUUGACCAUUUUAGAACUGAUGCAGAGAUAGCAACCAUUAUUGGGCAUGAGGUUGGACAUGCACUGGCUCGACAUGCUGCUGAAGGGAUUACAAAAAAUCUGUGGUUUGCCAUUCUACAAUUGAUACUUUAUCAAUUCGUUGUGCCUGAUGUUAUCAACACAAUGUCAACUCUUUUCUUGAGGCUUCCUUUCUCACGGAAGAUGGAACUGGAGGCAGAUUAUAUUGGGCUACUUUUGGUUGCAUCUGCUGGUUACGAUCCACAGGUGGCACCAAGAGUGUAUGAGAAGUUGGGACAAAUUUCAGGAGACUCAAAGCUGAGAGAUUAUCUUUCCACCCAUCCAUCUGGGAAGAAGAGAGCUCAGUUGCUUGCUCAAGCUAAAGUCAUGGAAGAAGCACUCACUAUCUACCAAGAAGUAAGGUCAGGAUAUGGAGUUGAAGGUUUUCUUUAGGGCACAAUAACUAAUAUGUCUGCCCAGAACCUGGAUAGUUGCUCCCAAGAGAUAGCAUGGUUGAGGUCAGGAGGUUGAAGACCUUGAAGCUCAGAUAUGUGGCAGCUUUGUUGAACAAAAACUUGUAAUAUACAUACAGUUCUUUCAUUAUUUCACGUCUGACAGGCGAACAACCAUCAGGUGGUUGAAAAAAAAAAAAGAGAAACUAUAGGUGCUCCCAAGAGAUAGCUUGAAUGGCAAAAGCAAGAGGCUAUGAGUUCGAAAUUUGGAGGAUCGACAUCAGUUCAAAAUUUGUUGGAAGGCUGGUCAUCGGACUCGAAGUUUUCCUUGCAGGUAAUUUGUAUGACGAUAAUGCAAGACUGUUCAGAUUUUGUAUGUGUGCAGAAUUUGUAUGAUAUAUUUGUUACCAGUGGACAAUUAAUUUUAUUUGACGUAUGGAAGUGGUUAGCUUAUUUA